GUAGUCACCCUGAGCGCUGGCGUAACUCGCUCAAACACGCUGCAAAGUUUCAACUAAUUCCGCCACGGAAAGCUGACGUUAUUAUCGUCGUAUUGUCCGAAAAUGGCCAACAGGAAUUUGAAACCGGUGAACAUGCACAGCCAUACGUCCCCUCAACCGGCGAAACGGGGCACCGACUCCCCGGCCACGGACCAGUUAAGACCGGACAAAGAAGGCCCAACACCUCCCCCUCAGCACGCCGCCGCCAGUCCAGCAGAGGGACCCGGGGACAGAGGUGGGCAGAGUUCGCUGGAGAUGACGCUGGAUCUGAGGAGCUUUCGGAGGCCGGGGGAGAAGACGUUCACCCAGCGUUGCCGCCUCUUCGUCGGGAAUCUGCCGACCGAUAUCUCGGAGGAGGGUUUCAAGAAGCUGUUCGCCAAGUACGGGGAGGCCAGCGAGGUGUUCAUCAACCGAGACCGGGGAUUCGGCUUCAUUCGCCUGGAAACGCGAACAUUGGCAGAGAUCGCCAAAGCCGAGUUAGAUGGGACUGUUUUGAAAAAUCGACCAAUAAGGAUCCGCUUUGCUACUCACGGCGCUGCACUCACAGUGCGCAACUUGUCCCCUGUGGUUACCAAUGAGCUUCUGGAACAGGCAUUUUGUCAGUUUGGGCCGGUGGAGCGCGCUGUUGUUGUGGUGGAUGACCGUGGUCGCCCAACAGGAAAAGGCUUUGUGGAGUUUGCUAACAAACCAGCUGCACGCAAAGCACUAGACCGCUGUGCUGAAGGGGCUUUACUGCUUACCACUACCCCUCGUCCAGCUAUUGUGGAGCCCACAGAGCAGCUAGAUGAAGAAGAUGGACUUCCAGAGAAACUUUUGUCAAAAACUCCACAGUACCACAAAGAGAGAGAGCAAACACCACGCUUCGCUCAACCGGGGACCUUUGAGUUUGAAUACUCAUCUCGCUGGAAGGCUUUGGAUGAAAUGGAGAAGCAGCAGAGAGAGCAGGUUGACAGGAACAUCAGAGAGGCCAGGGAGAAACUGGAAGCUGAGAUGGAGGCGGCCAAACAUGAACACCAACUCAUGUUAAUGAGACAAGAUCUGAUGAGACGCCAGGAGGAGUUGAGAAGAUUGGAGGAGCUUCGCAACCAGGAGUUGCAGAAACGCAAGCAGAUAGAAAUGAGGCAUGAGGAGGAGAGGAGGAGGAGAGAGGAGGAGAUGAGACACAGAGAACAGGAAGACAUACGACGCCAGCAGGAUAACUUCAAACCAAACUAUGCGGAUGGUGUUCCUGUCACACACUGCCUGCAGAGAUGCAACAAGCCAGUAGGUGAAGCCUAAAGCAUGCCCGCACAAUCUGGGUGUUCUGGCUAUACACCAGGAAGAAGACCGGGAGAAGGCCGUUUGACUCCAGUCAGAGGUGGGGUCGCUGCGUUAUUCAUCCCCUUUAAGGCAGCAGUUUACCACAGUGUAUAGGACGUAGCUCAGGCGCACCACCUGUGAUGUAUGAACAGUCAUGAAGGUUGAUGAUGCCCCGCGUCAGCUCAAUUCAUGUCCACGCAUCAGAAGUCAAUACCAGAUGUCUGGUAACAGGCCAUUGCCCCCCCCUCCUUUUUCUCCCCAGUUGUACCUGUCCAGUUACCCCACUCUUCUGAGCUGUCCAGGUCGCUGCUGCACAUCCUCUGCUGAUCCGGGGAGGGCUGCAGACUACCACAUGCCUCCUCCGGUA